AUAAGCCUGCGCGGCUUGACACGGCGCUUCCGUUCGCGGUGGGGGUGGUGAGGGAAAGCUGUUGUCGUUGUCGUCUCUGUUGCUGUCGCUUUCGCAGAAGCCGAGGGUUUGGCAGGCCUGAGCAGGAGGAGGAAGCGCAGCCCUCGCCGCCGCCGCCGCCGCCGCCAUGCCCACCGUGGAGGAGCUGUACCGCAACUACGGCAUCUUAGCCGACGCCAAGGAGACCGCGGCCGAGCACAAAGAUGCCUAUCAAGUGAUUUUGGAUGGUGUCAAGGGAGGUGCCAAAGAGAAGAGAUUAGCAGCACAGUUUAUUCCAAAGUUCUUCAAACAUUUUCCUGAGCUGGCAGAUUCAGCUAUAAAUGCCCAAUUGGACCUUUGUGAGGAUGAAGAUGUUUCUAUCCGACGACAAGCAAUUAAGGAAUUACCCCAAUUUGCUACAGGUGACAAUCUUCCAAGGGUAGCUGACAUCCUCACUCAGCUUCUGCAAUCAGAUGAUUCUGCAGAAUUCAACUUGGUAAACAAUGCUUUGCUAAGCAUAUUUAAGAUGGAUGCUAAAGGAACAUUGGGUGGCUUAUUCAGUCAAAUACUCCAAGGCGAAGAUAUUGUGCGAGAAAGAGCAAUCAAAUUCCUCUCCACAAAACUCAAAACAUUACCUGAAGAAGUGUUAACAAAAGAAGUAGAAGAGCUCAUACUGACAGAAUCAAAGAAGGUUCUUGAGGAUGUAACUGGUGAAGAGUUUGUUUUAUUCAUGAAAAUACUAUCUGGAUUAAAAAGCCUGCAGACAGUGAGUGGGCGGCAGCAGCUAGUUGAACUAGUGGCUGAACAAGCUGACCUUGAACAGACCUUCAAUCCAUCUGACCCUGAUUGUGUGGACAGACUUUUGCAGUGUACCCGUCAAGCUGUCCCACUAUUCUCAAAAAAUGUUCACUCCACAAGAUUUGUCACUUACUUCUGUGAGCAUGUGUUGCCAAAUUUGAGUUCUCUGACCACCCCUGUUGAAGGCCUUGAUAUCCAGUUAGAGGUACUGAAACUGCUUGCUGAGAUGAGUUCCUUCUGUGGUGACAUGGAAAAGCUGGAAUCAAAUUUAAAAAAGCUUUUUGAUAAAUUAUUGGAGUACAUGCCUCUUCCUCCAGAAGAAGCAGAGAAUGGGGAGAAUGCUGGCAGUGAAGAACCCAAACUGCAGUUCAGCUAUGUGGAAUGCUUAUUAUACAGCUUUCAUCAAUUGGGACGAAAGCUUCCAGACUUCCUGACUGCAAAGCUGAACACAGAGAAAGUGAAAGAUUUUAAAAUCAGGUUACAGUAUUUUGCCAGAGGACUGCAAGUUUACAUCCGUCAACUUCGUUUGGCACUCCAAGGCAAGACAGGAGAAGCAUUAAAGACAGAAGAGAACAAAAUUAAAGUGGUUGCACUGAAAAUUACUAAUAACAUCAAUGUUUUAAUCAAGGAUCUCUUCCAUAUCCCUCCUUCAUACAAAAGUACAGUUACACUCUCUUGGAAACCUGUACAGAAAGCUGAAGCUGGGCAAAAAAGAGCUAGUGAAGACACCACUUCAGACUUGCCCGCAAAGAAAGCUCCAGCAGGACCAAAAAGGGAUGCCAGACAGAUUUAUAAUCCACCCAGUGGAAAAUACAGCAGCAAUUUGGGCAACUUUUCUUAUGAGCAAAGAGGUGGCUUCCGUGGUGGAAGAGGGAGAGGAUGGGGCGGACGUGGAAAUCGCAGCCGUGGAAGAAUCUACUGAAACCAGUGGCACUCAGUGUGGUGAGUGUAGUGGCACUUUUCCAAAGCCACUCAGGCUGAAACACCUUUAAAAGUUUGAAGAGUUGCCUAGAAGGUGCUUCUGUUCAAAAAGACUGCCUUCCACAGAAGACUGAUAUAAAUGUUCUUAUACCUUUGUAUGUAUGAUCUACUUUUCUAACGGACUACAAACUCAUCUACAGUGAAGCAACAACU